CUCUCUCCCUCUCUCGCUUUCUGCCUCUGCCGCAGAGAGAGCGAGACGCGCCGGGGACCGAGCUGGGCCGGCUUCGCCUCUUCUUCUUCUUCCUCCUCCUCCUCCUCCGUCGCCUCUCCUCCGCCUCCUCGGAGCCGACCGUUGCCUGCUCCCCUCCCCCUCCAGCUCCCCUCAGCAGAGCCGCCGCCGCCGCCGCCGUUUGGGGCGGGGAAGGGAUUGAUGUGGAGGCCGAGAGCGGCAGCGCCGCCGCCUCCGCCAUGCAGCCCCCGCCGAGGAAGGUGAAAAUCACUCAAGAGCUAAAACUUAUCCAGGCUGAACAGAUGACAAAAAUUCAAGCCAAACAUCAGGCAGAAUGUGACUUACUUGAAGAUAUGAGGAUAUUCAGUCAGAAGAAGGCUGCAAUUGAGAGAGAAUAUGCACAGGGCAUUCAGAAAUUGGCUAGUCAGUACUUAAAGAAAGAGUGGCCUGGAAUAAAAGCUGAUGAUCGACAUGACUUCAGGAGCAUGUAUCCAGUGUGGAAAUCAUUUCUCGAAGGCACAGUGCAAGUGGCUCAAUCCAGACUCAAUAUCUGUGAAAAUUACAAGAACCUAAUUUCUGAGCCUGCCAGGGCAGUCAAGUGUUUUAAAGAACAGCAGCUGAAGAAGUGUGUGGACCAGCUGACCAGAAUCCAGGCCGAAUUGCAAGAGACGGUCAAAGAUUUAGCUAAGGGCAAGAAGAAGUACUUCGAAACAGAGCAGAUGGCUCAUGCUGUCCGUGAAAAGGCCGAUAUUGAGGCCAAGUCUAAACUUAGUCUUUUUCAGUCAAGGAUAAGCUUACAGAAAGCAAGUGUAAAGUUAAAAGCACGACGGUCUGAGUGUAAUUCCAAAGCUACUCAUGCAAGGAAUGACUACCUUCUCACUUUAGCAGCCGCGAAUGCACACCAAGAUCGCUACUAUCAGACAGACUUAGUAAAUAUUAUGAAGGCUCUUGAUGGGAAUGUAUGUGAUCACCUUAAGGAUUAUUUAAUGGCAUUCAGCAGGACUGAAUUAGAAGUAUGCCAAGCUGUACAAAGCACAUUCCAGUUUCUUUUGGAAACUUCCAGUCGGGUAGUGCGAGAUUACAAUUUUCAGCUGUUCUUGCAAGAGAACUCCGUAUUUCAUAAACCACAGUCCUUCCAGUUCCAGCCUUGUGACAGUGACACCAGUUUUAAUGCCGUUCAGCUGGUGGAUAUUGAGCCUUCACCUGUCAGUGCUCUGAGAAUGACCUUAGUAGAGAGUAGACAACUGGAAUCUGAGACGGGAACGACGGAAGAGCACAGCCUGAACAAGGAAGCCCGGAAAUGGGCGACGCGUGUGGCAAGAGAGCACAAAAACAUUAUUCACAGUCAACGGACUCUGGAAGAAUUGGAAUGCCAUGGGUCUGUGGUGUCUGAGCAAAGCCGAGCAGAACUGGAACAGAAGAUAGAUGAAGCCAGAGAGAACAUCCGCAAAGCCGAGAUAAUAAAGCUGAAAGCAGAAGCUCGACUCGACCUUCUGAAGCAGAUUGGGGUUUCAGUGGAUACCUGGCUAAAAAGUGCAAUGAAUCAAGUCAUGGAGGAACUGGAGAAUGAGAGAUGGGCCAGCCUCCCCACGGUGGCCAAUAACGGCUCUUCGCACUUGCUAAAUGUUGACAUGGAAAAGGAAGAAGGGGAAGAGCUGGAAGAUGGCAUGGAUGCUUUUGAUGACAGCAGCUCCAGUCCUUCUGGUACGCUCAGAAACUACCCGUUGACCUGCAAAGUUGUUUACUCGUACAAGGCUUCCCAGCCAGACGAGUUAACCAUUGAGGAACAUGAAGUUUUGGAAGUUAUUGAAGAUGGAGAUAUGGAAGAUUGGGUAAAGGCACGGAAUAAGUCUGGCCACGUGGGCUACGUCCCAGAGAAGUACCUGCAGUUCCCCACUUCCAACAGUCUCCUGAGCAUGUUGCAAUCACUGGCGGCGUUGGACAGUCGGUCUCACACUUCUAGUAAUUCAACGGAAGCCGAGCUGGUCUCAGGGAGCCUCAACGGAGACUCCAGCGUAUGUUUUGUAAAAGCACUUUAUGAUUACGAGGGGCAGACAGACGACGAACUGUCCUUCCCAGAGGGAGCGAUAAUCCGGAUCUUGAACAAAGAAAACCAGGAUGAUGAUGGCUUCUGGGAAGGGGAGUUCAACGGAUGUGUCGGGGUCUUCCCAUCCGUACUAGUAGAAGAGCUAACAGCCUCGGAAAACGGAGAGAUUCAGUGCGUUGUGGAUGCUCAGGUAUCUCCAUCUCCAGCACCCCAGAAUUCUCUGGCGCCACUGCCGCUCUAUGACCAGCCUCCAACCAGCCCUUUUCACAGCCCUGAUAAGAGAAGCUCCCAGUAUUUCCCAAGGUCUCCAACGACGAAUGAAAACAGCUACACUGCAAACUCUCCUGGAUUCUCUCAGCCACCACGACCUCUUCCCGAAAGCACUUCGUAUGGCAAACUGAGACCAGUGCGAGCUGCCCCUCCUCCUCCCACCCAGCACCGUAGGCCGACAGAGAAGAUUGAGGAUGUUGAAAUCACCUUGGUGUGACCAGCGGGGACGAAUUGCGCAGUAGUGCUACAAUCAGGGCCAAAUGUUGGCGGUGUUUGGUCAGCUCUCAUUCUUGGGCACCUUUGCAUGAUGAUGAUGAUGAUGGAAGAGACUUUUUUUUAAAGACUUGAGGAGAAGCGGGAGGAUUCUCCGGAGACAUUGACGUGGUGGUGGUGGCCCCUUCUUCCCACGGUCAUUAAUAUUUUGUGCCUUUUAAUUUGUCGCUGUUUGGUUCCACUUUAUAUACCAGUAUCUGCCAUCCUUACUCCUUUAGCACAAAAAGCAAGCAGGGGGACGCCUUUGCAGCUGAAAAAGCUGGCCGUCUCAGUUUCCAGUGGAGGCUUCUGAGAGCUUACAGCCGGUCUACAGAUCGCAGCUUCCCUUGCGGCAACGGUUCUGCAGGUUGACCCUUCCCCAUAACCGCUGCAGUAUGUAGCACCACGAUUUAAGGUCGCCUUCCUCACCGCAUCCCUCUUGAAGAGGGAAAUGGGGGGGUAGCGGUGCUUGCAGGCUGCGGCAGGAACGGAAAGUCACACCGCAGGAAUACAUUUCUGCAAGGCAGAGGUAGGACGUGUAGGCCAGCCCAUAGUCUUGCAUACAUAAACCAUGUGCAUUAGUACAGUAUAUUACUGUUGCCAUAGGAAUGUGUCAAAAAAAAAAUCUUUUUCCUAUUCAAGUACAGUAGCGUUACUUAUCUGAUUAGGUUUAUUAAUCAGAAUGUAUGGGAUAGAGGAGGGGAUGCACACAAGUGUAAGUUAAAGGAGAGGCUGGCUCCUCUCUCUCUCCCUCUCUUCCUCUCUCUUUCUCUCCCCUUCCCUGAACAAAAGAUGAAACAAACAAACAAAACCAACCCUACAACUAAAGAAAAGCACUGCAGAUCCUAUUGGGGUUAAUUACUUCCGCGCGCACCUCUUUUCGUAAUUAACCGCAAAACCCGAGUGCUAAACGUUCCUUUUGUAUUGAUAUUUAUGCAGUGCAUUUAGUAAUAGAGUAUCUACUACAGAAAUGCUGACUUAGUAGCAACAACAUGUUUUUCUUAGGAUAAAACUGAAUAAGCAGGAUUCUCAUCGUAGAGCUGGAAGUAGCUGUUCAUUUCCUCUCUGAGAGGGUUUCCCCCCCACCCAAACCCCCCACCCUCCCUUCCUUUUGUACUUGUGUCUCUUCUUGCCCCAGUUAUUGCUGUGUAGUUUGCUCUCUUGACAUUAGCAGUAUAUUUUGGACACUGGAACAUCCGGCUAGAGUUAAGAAGUUUAAAUGUUUAGAAUAUUGACGUGUGGUGUCUAGCUUUAGCGUUGGGUAGUGCUAGCUCAGAACUCCGCGCGAAGCCCAACAGCCAGCCUCAGACCCGGGGGGGGCGGCGUCUGGAGGCGGACAGUCCUUUGAUUUCUCCUCCUCACCCCCCAACGGCGUUGAAAGAGGCACAAGGGCACCGUUGCCGCCUCCCGCGUGUAGCACUUGUUUUGCUUGUCCAGCUAUCGCCUCUGUUCCAAAAGGCUUUCGACUAAUUCCCGCCCCCCCCCCCAGCUCUGCAAAAAUUUGAAAAGCCUGCUUGGCAGAGGAAAUGGCACCGGUCAAAAGAAAUUGACAAGGCCUCUGUCUUGCCUCUCUCUCUCUCCCCGUACUUGGGACUAGGGGCAGGGGAAUGGCAACCAUGCCCCCCCUCCCCGAAUUGAGCUCAGAAAGCCAGCCCUGGGGUCUUGCCAGUCCCUCUCCCCACUUUUGAGGGUGGAGAGCGGAAAGUAGCAGAUGCUCUCGAGGGGGGCAGCGGGGAGGCCCCCUUUCAAACCCCGUUUUCUCUGAGCGAAAAGCCGCUUGCAACUUUCAAGAGAGCCAGUCGUUUUGUAGUUGAACAUGAAUGACAGUCAAAUGGGGGGGGGGGGGAGGAAAUGUAUUUCGGGUGAAAUUAGUCUCCAUGAGGCAAUACUCAAGAGGGAAAAGGAAGAAGCGGCAACCAUUUAAAUCAAAUUCCGUCCCAAGUAGUUUCCAACCAAAGGGCUGGAAUAUAUAUUUUAAAAAACCACCUACAGAAAUGUUAUUGGAGCUGAAACGUCAGUCCUAUCGAAAGAGCUCUUGUAUGUUCAUUCUCCAAACAACCCCCCCCCCCCGGCCCCCUGCAAAGCAAGUAAAACCUAGAAUCCGUUUCCGCACUUUGUUGCCUAAUGGAGUACAUCUUCCUUUUUUCCCCUUUUUCUUUUUUAAUUCCGUGGCUGCAUUUCGUGAUAUCAUUUGACAGGAUUUUCAUCUUUAAAACUUUGCACAAAUAAUCUUGGCUGGGUCUCUGGACAUAUGACUGUUUUUGCCAAUUCCCCCCCCCCCAUUCGUUUGGUUGUCCUGAGCAAGGGAAGAGCUGUUUGAAGUAUAAUAGCGCCUUCUGCAGCAAUUGCCAAAUAUCUGGCAGAUUUCCUGUGAAGAUUUUUUCACAGGGGUUGCAGGGGGGGUGCUAAUUCUGUCCUGUUGAUCUGUUUGAGGUCUUUUUAAAAAUGUUUAUCAAACUUAUUCUUAAGUUUUUUUAAAACAACAACAACCCAAAUCCAUUUUUUUAAAGAGCUGUACUGCAAACAUUUUAAAAUGCUUCAUGGAAAAACGUUGCCAAUAAUAUCAACAUGUUCCAUUUGGUUGGCCAGUUUCCCGCAUAUUUUUUUUUGUGUGUGUGUUACCCAGACUCUCAAAAUUCAGAAAGUGUUAUUUAAAAAAAAAUCUUCUUAGUUAUAUUUUAAAAAUAUUUUCUGUAAGAGCUGCUAAUUUUUAUUUAAAAAAUAAAAGUUGUAAAAAUACACCUCCUUUUUAAACUUCAUACAGGGCAUGCAAUAGAACAUAUCACUGUGUACACUGACAGUACACUUGAAAGCAGAACUUUGAAUGCUUUCUUUAUAUUGGCUGUAAAACUUUGUAUUUAUUAUGUAUAAAAUGUUGAAUAAUAAAAAGUGGCUUUAAAUCAUGGGCCGUGACUUAGUGCAUAUUGAAUACUGAGGCAUUGCUUUUCAUCAAGCUUCUUGGACAAGUGGAGCACUUUUUUUAUAAAGGGAUUUAACUUUUAUAAAGUUCCAGCAGACUGGAGGAGGGCAAAUGUUGUCCCUAUUUUCAAAAAGGGGGAAAGAGAGGACCCAAACAAUUACCGCCCAGUCAGCCUGACAUCAAUACCAGGAAAGAUUCUAGAGCAGAUCAUUAAGCACACAGUCUGUGAGCACCUAGAAAGAAACUCUGUGAUCACUAAAAAUCAGCAUGGGUUUCUGAAAAAUAAGUCAUAUCAGACUAAUCUGAUCUCAUUUUUUUGACAGAAUUACAAGCCUGGUAGAUGAAGGGAAUGCUGUGGAUGUAGCCUAUCUUGAUUUCAGCAAGGCUUUUGACAAGGUGCCCCAUGAUAUUCUUGUAAAGAAGCUGGUAAAAUGUGGGCUAGACAAUGCUACCAUUCAGUGGAUUUGUAACUGGCUGACUGACCGAACCCAAAGGGUGCUCAUAAAUGGCUCCUCCUCAUCCUGGAGAGUAGUGAUUAGUGGGGUGCCACAGGGUUCUGUCUUGGGCCCAGUCUUAUUCAACAUCUUUAUCAAUGACUUGGAUGAUGGGCUUGAGGGCAUCCUGAGCAAGUU